AUGAAUGGUUCAAAGCCCAGGGCCAGGGCUGCCUCCCCAUCAGCUCUCCCACUUUCCCAUUACCCCAGCUGGGAGUGUCUUCGAAACCCACUGUCUGCCUCUCCGCCCCUAGAACCGCCUCCAGCUCCUGUCUCACUUCCUCCGAGACUGGCCCAGAACUGGCACCUCCCCUUUCGGUCGGCUCCGGAAACUCAGCCAUCUGACGUAGGAUUUUCGUUCAGCUUUUCCCGUCCUGCUAGAUCAAAACUGAGAAUCGAAACUGCGCGGGGGUUCGUGCAGCAAGAACCUGUACCCGCCGGGUCUUUGGGGUCCCAGCAGGACUCCGCACUGCCGCACGCGCCCACCAUGCCUCCUCCGGAGCCCUCCCAAAACCACCAGCCUAGCCCGGACCACAGCCCCACGGAGCAAGCCACGGAGGAUGAGUUCCGGUUCCUGCGCUGCCAGCGCUGCCAGCGCGAAGCCAAGAGCCCUAAGCUACUGCUUUGUCUACACACACUAUGCUCAGGAUGCCUGGAGGCCCCGAGCAGGCAGUGCCCUAUCUGCCAGGCUGAUCAAUCUCGUGGCCCUAGUGGGCCCGCCCUGGAUAACGUCUUCUUCGAGAGUCUGCAGCGGCGCCUGUCGGUGUACCAGCAGAUCGUGGAUGUACAGGCCGUUUGUACCCGUUGCAAGGAGACCGCGGACUUCUGGUGCUUCGAGUGUGAGCAGCUCCUCUGUGCCAAAUGCUUUGAGGCGCACCAAUGGUUCCUCAAGCACGAGGCCCGGCCCCUGGCUGAGCUCCGCGGCCAGUCGGUGUGCGAGUUCCUGGAUGGUACACGCAAGUCCAACAACAUCUUCUGCUCCAACCCCAACCACCCCAGCCCUAUGCUUACUAGCAUCUACUGCCGAGGGUGCGCCAGGCCACUGUGCUGCACGUGUGCCCUCCUGGACAGCAGUCACGGCCAGCUCAAGUGUGACAUCACUGAGGAGAUCCGCCAGAGGCAGGAAGAGCUGGACUCCAUGACCCAAGUGUUGCAGAAGCAGGACCACGUCUUCGGCUCGGCGCUGGAGCAGAUGCGUUCAACCAUGAGCCAGCUGGAGAACAUGCGCACUGACACAGAGGAGGUGAUCCGCGCAGGUAUGAACCAGCUGCUGGAGGCGGUGAAGACGCGGUUCCAGCGUGAGUCCGAGAAGAUUAAGGUCCAGGUAAGCCGUCUGGACACUGUACUGCAGCGCAUCCGCACAGGCAGCGUGCUGGUGCAGAGGAUGAAGCGCUACGCCUCGGACCAGGAGGUGCUGGACAUGCACAGUUUCCUUCGCAAUGCACUGGACGCACUGCGCAGGGAGGAGCCCCAGAGCCUGAAAGCUACAGUGCACGUUGACAGCUUCAACGACUUCAAGGUGCGCGUGCAGGACCUUGUCUCUUGCAUCAUCCAGGGCACAGAUGCAGCUGUCCCCAGGAGAAGCAACCCAGAGGCUACCAGCACUCCCAGGAAGCCUUCUGACAUUAAUCUGGAGGUCUCCACCACAGCCACAGCACAGAAGAGGAAGUCCUGCCAGACCGAGUGCCCCAGGAAGGUUAUCAAGAUGGAGUCUGAGGAAGAGAAGGAGACCAGGUCGGCCCAGGGCUCCCCCGAGCAGCCCAGGCCCAGCACCUCCAAGGCAGUCUCACCGCCUGCCCAGGAGGGGACCCAUGAGAGCCGCACCACAGGAAAUGAGGAAUUACUGCUCAACAGCAACCACGAGACUGGUGACUCUGAAGAGGCAGAGGAGCGCAUUGUGGUGAUCAGCUCAGAUGAAUCAGAUGUCGAAAACUCGUCCUUCCGGGAGCCAGACGACAGCAGCAGUGAGUCCAGUGACCUGCAGCUGGAGGGCCCCAGCUCCCUCGGGGCCCUGGAUGACAGCUUCUCAGACCUCCGGUCAGAAGACAGACCCCUGGUUUUCUUUGACCUCAAGAUUGACAGCGAAACCCAGGAGAUUAGGCAGCUGGCAGCUGUGAACCAGGAGAGCAAGUUCCGUGUGCUCAUCCAGCCCGAGGCCUUCAGCAUCUACUCCAAGGCGGUCUCCCUGGAGGUGGGGCUACAGCACUUCCUCCGCUUCCUGAGGUCCAUGCACCGCCCCAUCCUGGCCUGCUAUAAGCUGUGGGGGCCCAGCCUCCCCACCUUCUUCCGGGCCCUAGAGGGCAUGAACAAGCUGUGGGAGUUCCAGGAGACCAUCUCUGGCUUCCUGGCCACCCUGCCUCUCAUCCAGGAGCGUGUGCCCCAGGCCAGCAGCUUCAAACUCAAGAGUCUGGCCAAAACCUACCUGGCAAGAAACAUGAGUGAACAUAGUGCCCUGGCCGCCGUGCUGGCCAUGCGCGACCUGUGCCGCCUCCUCGAGGUCUCCCCGGGCCCCCAGCUAGCCCAGCAUGUCUACUUCUUCAGCAGCCUGCAGUGCUUCGGGUCCCUGCAGCCUCUGGUGCAGGCGGCCGUCCUGUCCCGGGCCGAGGCCCGCCUCCUGGCCCUCCGCAACGUGAGCUUCAUGGAGUUGCUGACCACACACCGCCAAGAUCCACAGGGGGGCCUGAAGAAGUACAGCCGGUACCUGAAGUCCACCUCAUCGCCCCAUGCCCAGUCUGCUCUCAACCUGCAAGCUCUGAACACCUACUUCAAAGGCCUGUUGGAGGAGCCAGCCUUGGCCCAGGCAGAGGGCGUCGCUAGCCCUCUGGCUAGCCACAGCUUGGCCCAAGGGGCCUCCCAGCAGAGCUGAGAGGAGGGGAUGACUGACUUGGCAUCUCUGGGGGACAGGGAGGGAUGGCGUCCCUCAGCCAGGCCUGCCCGUCACGACAUUCCGAGAUCCUGGUCCCUAAUAUUCAGCUGGCAUUUGUUUGGUCUAGACUAGUUCUCCUUCUCUAGGACCAAAUUCUCCUUCUCUAAGGCCCCACAGCUACCCAAAGUGCCUUUCGAACCAAACUGCCCCUCAUGACUUGGGGUUCCCCCAGCCUCUGCCUCCCUGGAGGCUCGCUCUCUGUUCAUUUCCCUCUGGACCCUUUGCAACUCUGAAGGGCAUCCUAUCUGCAGGGACAGAACCUGCUGCGCCAGGCCUGUCCCCACUGCCCUCCACACUUGCUUCCUCCCUCCUGGCCACACAAACACCUCCCCAUAGUCAAGGCUUUGCACUUUGGGCCUCAGGCCACUGACUCCUCUCUGCACGGCCCGUCACUGUGUCUGCGCUGCCCUCCUCUACCCUGUCACAGAAUGUCCUCGUGCCCAGUGCUGCUCUGUGCAGCGCGGGGACUCACACCUUGGUCUUCCCCAUCGCCUCCACCCAGUAUCUGACUCGUGGGGGUGGGCCCCAGCAAGCCGCUGAGUUCAUCAGGCUGUCAGGGUGAUGCUGGUGUCUGCUGAGCUCCAGAACCACUGCCCUGUAGAUGGCUGCUCAAAGGAGAAGCAGGACGGAGCAGCAGAGCAAAUCCUGGCCUCACCCCGACUCUGCGCAUCGGAGGUGACCUAGGGAAAGGCCCCUUCCUGAGCCCCCUUGUCCCCACCUAUAGAAUGGCUGGUUGGCAGGGAUGAUCUCAGAGUCCCGCCCAGCUGUGCCAUUCCAGGGUUUUAGGAGUAGACAACAAACAGGCCCUGGCUGGUGUGGCUCAGUGGACUGAGUGCUGGCCUAUGAACCAAAGGGUCACGGGUUUGAUUCCCAGUCAGGGCACAUGCCUGGGUUGCUGGCCAGGUCACCAGUGGGGGGGGGGGACAAGAGGCAACCACACAUUGAUGUUUCUCUCCCUGUCUUUCUCCCUCCCUUCUCUCUAAGACAUAAAUAAUAUCUUUUAAAAAAAACCCAGACAACAGGCCAAUGAGGGAGUGGACAAGAAGGUUUCAUUCUUGAGCCCUGGCCUAGCCAGCAGUAGGACACUGGCAGGCCAGGGCCACCCUUCCAACUAUAGCAGAGUCACCCCUUCCUCCCAUCCCUGUUCCUUGGUCGUUGCUACUGGGAUGCAGCCCAGACCCCCAGCCUCUACGGGCUCACCUGUCACCGGAGCAAAGUCUGUGUGCCCCCACCUCAGCCUCCAUUCAGUGGGCUCCCUGAAAACCCUCUAAGGGAUUACAUAGGAUCUUGCUACUAUGGUGGGAGUGCCAGCUCUAGCAGUGAACUCAAGUGCAUUUAAAGCAGGGUUCCAACUUAAAGGAGGUGCCACCUCUGAAGCCUGGUGGGAAUAGGCCGAUGCGGAGAAGGGCUACUGGGGCCUCGGCUGGGCUGUGGCGGCCAUCGUCUUAGCAGCUACAAGGCGGCCCGGCCUGGACUGAGCAGCACCUAGUGGUCCCAGCUCAAGCCCAGCUCCACAGUGCCUACCGCCUUCUGAUGUAGUUCAUCAAAGCUUUUAAACGCUGUUCUGCCCUCUCUCUACUUUCACAGCCUUUAAUAAAGUCAUGAGUCUUCAAAACCUGAUGCCACCUGCCUAGAGCCAUAAGCAGUCUAGUGAAGGGGGCGCUUCCAGGCCAUGGCGAGCUAUUCUUCGUGGGUACCUUCCAGGACUUGGCUGAGCAAAAAGCCCCUCAUGGCCCACUGCUGAGGGCCUCCGGGAUAUAAACCGCUCCCGCCCCAUUCCAGGUGGGGAAAUGAGGGUGGGCCUGGAGGCCAAAGGGGAGGACCAUGCGGAGGGAAGGAAGCGCCAGCUUCAAGGAUUACCCCAGAGGGAGACGGGAGCCAGACACCAGGUCUGCAGGAACUUCACUUCUGUCCUCUGAUGGGUCAUCUCGUACCCUGUCUGUGUCCCGAAGCCACAGGUGGCGAGACCCUUAACCAGACAGGUAGGGGAGGCCCAGGCUAUUAGCGAUGUGUGGCUAAUGUGUUGCUGUCUUGGAUGUCACAGUUGAAGUUCACACUAGUGCCUGCAGGGAUUCCUGUGGCCCAGACUAGGUGGCCCACCCUGGCCUGGGCGAACAGCCAGUUAACAGGAUUUGCCCACUGCCACCACCCAUAACCCCAUCGCCCUGUCCCAGGUGCCCAAAUUCUAGUCCUGGAGUUUUCAGUCUCCAAGAGCAAGUCCAGAUGUGUUACUUGUGCUUCUUCUUUGAAUGCUGUCAGGAAUACCCGCACCAUCCAACCGUGAGAGCUGGGCCUGCUACCAGCCUGGUGCUCCAGGCUCAGGCUCUGACUGAGCGGGAUGAGGGCCAUUCUUACCUCGUAGGACACUGCAUGAGCCAGUGAGGAUAAAGUGUCUGGGAAAAUACUGGAUUUGUUAAGAAGCCCGGAUGGUUUUUUUUUCCAUAAAAUAAAAGACACAUUUUUCA